UUCACAUUGUCGCUAUUUUCGCAGCAUUUCGCGGGAUCUGUAAUUUUUAUUGGCGAGUACUGUCAUUUUAAUGGUCUAACAUUGAUAAUAGUUCUAUAUUUACCGAGAAUCAAUUGGUUUUAGUGUCUAUUGCUUUGAAAGCAAUACAAAUAAUCGAGGAUCAAUUAUUUAUUUAACCACUUAAAAUGUCUGCUGAAGCCGAAGCAAUCGUCACAACGGCCGCUGCCGAUGCAUCAUCACCAAGCAAGACAGUGGCUGUGGAGCCUGUUGCUGCCGAUACAACGCCGGACAAUGUGCCAGCUGUGUCCACAGAGGGUAGCGGAAAGGCAGAGCAGGAGCGCGCAGAGAAAAUACUUAAAGGCAAGGAGCUGUUCAGCCAGGGAUCGCGGAACUUCCUGGUCAAGAGCUACGACGAGGCAGCUGACGAGCUGAGCCAGGUGUGCCAACUGUACGAGGAAGUCUACGGGGAACUGGCCGAUGAGCUCGGCCAGCCCCUAUUGCUCUAUGCAAAGGCUUUAAUUGCAAUGGCCUUGGACGAGAACAAAGUGAUCGAUGUGCCUGACGAGGCUGCCGAUGACGAUGACGAGGAUGUGGACGACGACGAGGAAGAAAAUGCAGAGGAUGGAGCGGCCAAGAAGGAGGAAAAGAAUGUCACCAAGGAGGCCGAAAAUGGUGCAAGCAGCUCGAACGGCAAAGAACUAGACACCAUCAAGGAGGGGUCCGAUGAGGCCGAUUCUACCGGAGAAGCCGAGCAAGCUCAGAGUGAAGAAAAGCCCUCCAAGAAGGUACCAACAGGCGUGGAUGAGGUCAGCAGCAGCAAUGGCGGCGGCGGAGCUGCCGUCAACGAUGACGAGCGACCUAGCACAUCGAAUGGUGAAGUCACAGCUAGUUGUUCCAAUGGUGCAGCAGCUGCUGGAGAGGAGGAACCAGAAGAAGAGGAAGGAGUAAGCGGAAGUCUGCAGUUGGCCUGGGAAAUACUGGAAGCUGCUGCUCAGAUCUUCACGCGCCAGGGCCUCAGUGGUCUCCCCUACUUGGCUGAAGUUCAGACUGAGCUGGCCAACAUUGAGUUUGAGAAUGGAAUACUGGAGGCGGCACGCGAAGAUUAUGAGAAAGCACUAAAGAUCCACGGGGAGCUGCCCACAAGAAACCGACGUGCUUUGGCCGAGUUGCAUUACAAGAUCGGUCUGACCUAUUUGAUGCAGCAACUCAACAAGGAAGGAGCGACAGCUCUGCGGCACUCCAGCGUGUUGAUCGAAGAGGAAAUUUCCGAGAUCAAGGGCAAGGACGAACCAAGCGAGCGCGACAGGAACAAUAUGUUGGAUUUGGAGGAAACGAAGCAGGAGAUUUUGGCCAAGAUACAGGAAAUCGAGGAGAUGCAGGCCCAGACCAUUGCUGAGGUGAGAGCUGCCCUGGAUAGCUACAUCAAGCCAAUGAGCAGUGGCGAUGCAGCUGCCGCCUCCUCCUCGUCGUCUUCGUCAGCCAAUGGAGCCGCCAGCUCUUCGUCGUCCUCCUCUAAAGGUGCUGCGGCGGCCUCCUCAUCAUCGACCAUUAGCAGCAGUUCGGCCAAGCCCACAGACAUCACACAUUUGAUCAAGCGCAAGAAGCCGGAGGAUCCCAGCUCGGAAGCUGAGGCCCUGUGCUCGCCGGCCAAGCGUGCCGCCGUCUAGGGGAAUCAUUCCAGUUGCCCAGUGGCACACCUGCACCCACUCACAACCAAGCCCUUAAAAUACACCACACUCAUCGGCUACUUAAACCAACCCACACGCAUUAAACACCAUUCAACUGUCCUAUACCUCGAACCUAUUUAUGCUAUUUGUUUGCUGUUUUCUACCAAAAUUCUCUGUAAGUCUGUAAGUUUACAAUCACAAUUAGUGCUAAGUGCGUACAUAAAAUAAUGUUUUGUAUUAAACGAAAAACUAAGUAGGAAGGCAAAAAGUGUACACAAUAAAUACGGGAGACUCCCCCAGAAAGUUA